AUGGUUAGGACUAGAGGAUUAGGUCGUGCCUUAGGUCAGGUUACUGGCAGAGGUGUGGGCAGAGGAGAUCGUGAUGAUUCUGAUGAUGCUUCGCAGCGUCGACGGCCUACUACAUCCGCACGGAGGCAACGAGUCGCUGUGACUGUGGCGCACGAUGAGUCAGUCAUCCCUGCGCCAGAUGUUCAGGAUGACCCGAUGGAGGCACCAGCUGCUGUAGAGGACAUUGUGGUAGACAUUCCUACGGACACAGGCGCAAAAGCUGUUGAGGAUGAGCAUGAGGGAUUUCCGGGUGGUCUGAGUGACCCAUCCGAGCAUCUUGAAUUGAAGCUAUCCUCUCAUGGGAGGAAGGUCCACAGUUUAGGCAGGCCUGUCCCUACCAUUGAGGGACUUGUUGCUGGUACAGGACUAAGUCCUCUGAUCACGUGUUCGGUAGACACCGGCGAUCGGGGACUUUUGUCCGCGUUUGUGGAGUGGUGGCAACGGGAGACGUCUAGUUUCCAUCUCCCGGUGGGAGAGCUCACCAUCACGUUGGACGACGUCUCCUCGCUUCUCCAUCUUCCCGUGAUUGGCGAAUUACACGCUUUUGAGCCCUUGCACGUGGACGAUGCGGUUCAGAUGUUGUUGGACUUAUUGAUGGUCUCUCCAGAGUCUGCUAGGGAUGAGACAGCCAAGUGUCGUGGACCGUACGUACGCCUGCAAUGGGUACGUGAUAUAUAUGAGCGUCGAUGCCAGGCAGGUCAUUGGACAGUUGCGGCUCGCACAUAUCUUCUUCACCUUUUGGGUUGCACUCUGUUUGCUAACAAGAGUGCAACCAAUGUCCAUGUUGUCUACUUGGAGGCCUUUCGUGACCUCAGUAUGACGGAGAGGUACGCUUGGGGAGUGGCUACUUUGGUGCAUAUGUACGACCAGCUGAACGAUGCAUCUAUGAGCCACAGUCGACAGCUUGGCGGUUACAUCACACUGCUGCAGUGCUGGAUUUACGAGCACUUUCCGUCGGUCGCGGACUCCAUUGCUGAUCAGAAGUACGACAAGGAUUCUCCGCUUGCGUGUAGGUGGAUUGCGACCAAGAAGACCAUGAAGAGCAUUCGUACGCCGGCAUACAGGGAACGCCUGGACCGACUCCGAAUUCCGGAUGGGCCUGUUGCUGUUUAUUACCGACCGGAGAGGGUCGUGCGGCAGUUUGGCUACACGCAGACCAUUCCUACUCCUCCUGUCGAUUCAUGGGUCUUGUAUGAUGAUAUACACGACAGGUGGAUGCACUACGAGAAUCAUAUCGUUCCAACAGGCCACGCAUUAGAUCCUCUGCCUCAUGGUCACGCCCCACAGCCCCGAGUCGUCCCUCAGGCCCCGCAGACGGAUAUCCCUCACAUGCCGGAGCCAGGAGCAUCGUCGACAUCUGCGGAGGAGCCUAGACAUGCAGUGGAAGUUUGUGAUGACAUUGCUGAGAGGUUGGAGCGCCUCUGA